GUGACAGCGGACCGACCGUGUGCGUGGCAAGAACAGGCAGCCGGACACACGCUGAGCCGACAUCAUGGCGUGCAUGAGCACUUGCUGCUGCUGCUUCACCACCUACCAGGGCAGCAUCAUAAUCGGCGUGUUGACACUGCUGCCCAACAUCGCCGGCAUUGGCAUACUGUCACACCUGCUGAACGUCUGGACGGCGGUGGAGUCGGACGUGCAUACAUGGGCACUCAACGUCACCGGCUCGCUGCAACAGAGCAGCGUCCAGAUCGCCGGCGUCUCGGACUUCGUCAACAGCGCCGCCACAGACAUGCACACCGUAUGCGUAGUGCUGCUCAUCUACUGCGUCAUCACCAGCGCGUCGUGCCUGAUGGUCAUCACAGGCACUCAUCAGGCCUCCCGCUGCAUGCUGCUGCCCUGGCUGACCGUCACGCUGCUCCGCCUAGUUGCCUGCAUCGUCGGCGUCAUUAUGUACCUGUACAUAGUCUGCAACAUCGAUGACGGCGUCGUCGUGAACCAGCUCCUCGGCUUCGGCAUCAUCGAGGUCCCGGAAAUAGUUUUCUCAUCCUACUUCUGGCUGUGUGUGUUCAGCCACUACCACCAUCUGCAGCAGCUGGAGGAGCAGGUCUACCCGAUGGGCGAGGAAGAGCCCGUGGAGGUCCUUCCACCAGUCGACAGCGACGAGAAGUUCUGAAGUUAGAAAAAAGCUGGCACGGUGACCACCAGAUCAUCCCUGCAGUAUUUUUGAAAGCCGCGAAUCUUUCCACCAAUCAUGUGGAGCGUAUUUUGAUUUUUUUACACGGGCGCGGGCGCAUAUUCUGCAUUUUAUGCCGGAGAAACAUUCUACCAAUGCACACAAACAGGAAACAUCUGAACGGCAGCGACUGAUGCAACUCAGUAGAAACUGACGUUAGCUUUAAUACACACUAUCAUCAUGCGUAUAAUUAUACUGUGACUGCCGUCGGAACGUAGUGUGGGAAUGUCUAGUAGCAUCCGACGCCGAAGAGGAUCGGGAAUUUUGAAAAGCAUGUAACGAUUUGGGUUUGAAGAGGAACCUCUUAAGCAAAGACGAUUUACAGUGCAGCAUUAGGUACUUACGUUUCGGUACCGAAUGGUGACAUCUGUGCCUAUAUAUCUCCCCGUCGUUCUGUCGACAGAUGAUGCGGUGUCCUAGAUGUACACGAUUAUGGGACCACUGUAUUUCUAUGACCUUAGAUUGGCCCUUGAUCACACCAAAUGAUGGUUUAUAACCGGCGCGUAUACCAGUAUGCUAUGAAUGGCACCGCGACCCUUUCCACACUGAGGCAAUGUAUAUGAUUGUAAUGAUAAAAGACGCUCAAUCCCGAUAUUUCUACCUCUUUAGUUCGGUUUGACCCAAUCAUUGGCUGCUCUCAACGGCGUUCAACGUUGCUAGUUUGGUUCAGGUUUGCGAGAAACGUUCCUGGCUGUUUUGAACCCGGCUCCAGCACGUUUACGUUUUUGGAAAACAAGGUCUUGUAAGGCCCUUGCCCUAAUGAUGUGAGAUAAAGGUUCCUCAGUACGGAUAAUUAAAGCACGAUAUAUUUCCUCCAGCUUUGUAUCCCCUGGAUUUUUGACAGGCACCACAUGCCUGCCCACAAUCUUUCUUACUCCUUGUUAACACGCAACACAAUAUUUGUCCCAAACACUCACGUACAAACAUUGGCAUACACUGGACUAUAAUGUGAUUACACCCAAGGCGAAGAGGUCACAGCAGCGCUUAGCUGCACGCAAUGAUACUGACCCGUGUCAAAUCAGCCUGUUAGAGAUAGUGCAUCCUCACACGUGCCGGUAAAUCAGUAAAACGUACUCGCGCAUCGUCGUGCAUGUACGACAAUCUUUAUCACCCUUGGGCUUCGCUGUUCAGAACAUUUUUGCCGCAUUUUUCCGUGAACCGCUGUUUAUGCUGCUCGCCUCUGUAAGCUUGUAUUGCAUUCGUUCUGUUUGAAAGAAUUGUUCUAAGAGCACCCGAAAUACUUCGAAGGAAGGGCUACCUUGUUUUCUUCGCUGCAAGUGGACAUAUCUUUUAGCUUGGAAUGUCACGAUAUUUGCAACAUAUGGGAAGAUUGGAUGACCAAAUAGCACGGCGCUCGUGUGAGGCCUGAUUCGGGUGGGUCUAACGCAUCGGUAUACAGUAGGUGAUGUCAUGCUCGAAAAGGCACGCACGGGCUCGCAGUUGAAAAAGUAGUGCAGUCAUGUAUAAUUUUCUCCACAGUACUUGUAUGCUGGUACUUCCAUACCGUGUAUCACGUGCGAGAAUCGUUUAUUGGGUAUAUACCUAUGAAAGAUCUGUACUUGACGUGACUCUAGCUGGGUGGAGGCACACCGGCGGUAAGCGAUUUCGAGGUCCCUUGCCUAUGUCUCCCGGGCCCGUCCCUCGGUCUCGUAACCGGCCUCGAGUACCCCUAUCUUACAUAGUUGUCGCUAGAUGUCGUUGCUCGUGGCAAACUAUGGAUUAAGCUACGCCUGAGCCGAAGGCUCUCGUGCAUUCUCAUUGACAAAGACAUUCAGCUAUUUGUGCGUAUCACACAGACAACGCAGGAAGCCGAACUGUUGACUUGGAGAGGAACACUGUGAGACGAUCAUCAGGCGGUUUCAAUAGCGUCACAAUGUCCUAUAAUUGCACAAAGCAAGUUAUCACUUGCCUCCAGUGCAACAUGACAUCAAUGCUAGCUGGCAGGAGUCUGCAAUUCUCUGGGAGGGCAUAGAGCCUAAAAAUUUGCACCCUUUUAUUGCAAUGUCCAAGCAAUCCCGAAACUCGCAAGAAUGCAAUGCAAACCACAAAGCUUACGUGCGUUGAAGCGGUGGCCACGUAUUGCAAACAUGGACCCCGAAAUUGCUUCGACCUGACCCACCCGUGGCGUCGUAAUAUUUACAUCGCAAACAUGAACCAUUUCAAUAUCACCUAUGACCUUUUCACGAAGGAUCCCGGCAUGAAGUAUCUCAAGACAUUUCAAAAAAGUUCUUAGAUGCUUAAGGAGACACAAUCUCCUCGCCUUCGCGUAAUGGUACAUAUGCACAAUUCUGAUCAAUUUCUAUCAAAUGCAAGGUCUGUUUCGAUGGCUUAGGUGUUCAGAGCGCAUACCAUCCGAUUCGCCCAUCCGUGUCCAGGUCGGUUCAGUCGCUUGCAUUUUCCACGGACUGGGAUGGCUCGCGGCCGGUGGCAGCGGCCGCCCUGAAGGUCAGAUGACGUCAGAGGGGACGGCAAGACAGACCACGCCGAAGACCGCGGCACGUUAAGCUUUCGUUGUAAAAUUCUCCUUUUGACGCGGAAGUUAACGAUCGGAUGGAGCGCGCGGGGUGGGUCAGCACUCGCGCAACAAUCCCCACUUAGCGUGGGCGUGGAUCUAAAGAAUUUAGCCGACGAAAGGGUUCGGACUUAAUCUUU